AUGGAAGACUGGUGCUAUCCAGUGAUCUUCCCAGAUUCGCGGAACUUCCGCCCCUUCACUUCUGACUCUCUGGCUGCAAUCGAGAAGCGGAUCGCAAUCCAAAAAGAGAAAAAGAAGCGCAAGGACCCAACAGCAUCAGUACCCCAACCUCGACCUUAUCUUGACCUAAAAGUCUCCAGGAAGUUGCCCAAGCUCUAUGGUGACAUUCCCCGUGAGCUGAUAGCAAAGCCCCUGGAAGACUUGGACCCAUUCUACAGAGAUCAUAAGACAUUUAUGGUGUUGAACAAAAAGAGAACAAUCUACCGCUUCAGUGCCAAGCGUGCCUUGUUCAUUUUGGGGCCUUUCAAUUCAAUCCGAAGUUUAGCCAUUAGAGUCUCAGUCCAUUCAUUGUUCAGCAUGUUCAUCAUCUGCACUGUCAUCAUCAACUGCGUGCUCAUGGCCAUAAAUCCUAAGACCGACCACAACAGUACAGCUACUAACGUUGCUGAAUAUGUCUUCACCGGGAUUUAUAUUUCCGAAGCUUUGAUAAAAAUAUUGGCAAGAGGUUUUAUUCUUGAUGAGUUUUCUUUUCUUCGAGACCCGUGGAACUGGCUGGACUUCAUUGUCAUUACUACAGCGUUUGUGUCGUAUGUACUAUCUAUGAACAACAGCAGCAUCGGCCUGUCAUCCCUGCGUACCUUCCGAGUAUUCAGAGCUUUGAAGGCAAUCUCAGUAGUUUCGGGUCUGAAGGUCAUUGUGGGGGCUUUGCUGCGCUCAGUGAAGAAGCUUGUCGAUGUGUUGAUCCUGACUCUCUUUUGCCUCAGCAUCUUUGCCCUGGUAGGUCAGCAGCUCUUCAUGGGGAAUCUGAACAUGAAAUGCGUCAGGAAGGACUGUCCCCAGAUCAACGGUAAAUUUAACGAGACUUGUUUUGAAAAAGAUUCCACUGAAUUCAAAUUGUGUGGUGGUACCUGGUCAAAUAAAAGCGUCUGUUCUGAGCAGUAUGAAUGCAACAACACCCACAUGAAUCCUGACUAUGGCUAUACAAAUUUUGACAACUUUGGCUGGUCUUUUCUUGCCAUGUUCCGGCUUAUGACCCAAGAUUCCUGGGAGAAGCUUUAUCGACAGACCUUGCGUACCUCUGGGCCCUUCUCAGUCUUCUUCUUUGUGGUCGUCAUCUUUCUGGGCUCUUUCUACUUGGUUAACUUAACCCUGGCUGUUGUCACCAUGGCUUAUGAGGAACAGAACAGGAAUGUAGCUGCUGAGACAGAGGCCAAGGAGAAGAUGUUCCAGGAAGCCCAGCAGCUGUUAAAACUGGAAAAGGAGGCUCUGAUUGCCAUGGGAAUUGACAGAAGUUCACUAAAUUCCCUGGAAGCAUCAUCUUUUUCCUCAAAGAAGAGAAGGCUACUUGGUAAAAAGAAAAGAAAGUCCUUCUUUUACAGAGAGUCUGAGAAACAACAGGUUCCGGGAUCAGAUUCUGAUGAAGAUUCCCCAAAAAGGCCGCACCUCCUAGAGCAAACCAAACGACUGUCCCAGAACCUGUCAAUGGACCUCUGUGAAGAACAUAUAGACCCCUUUCAACGGCAGAGGGCGCUGAGUGCUGUCAGCAUCCUCACUAUCACCAUGCAGGAACAAGAAAAAUUCCAGGAGCCUUGCCUCCCAUGUGGGGAAAACCUGGCAUCCAAAUACCUCAUCUGGGACUGUAGCCCCCAUUGGCUAUGCUUUAAGAAGGUCAUGAGAAUGGUGAUGACUGACCCCUUUACUGAGCUGACUAUCACCAUCUGCAUCAUAAUCAACACUGUCUUCUUGGCCAUGGAGCAUCACAGAAUGGACCCUGGUUUUGAGUCGAUGUUGCAAACAGGAAAUACGGUUUUCACUGGCAUUUUUGUAGCAGAAAUGUGCCUAAAAAUCAUUGCGCUCGACCCCUACUACUACUUCCGCCGAGGCUGGAACGUUUUUGACUUCAUUGUUGCUCUUCUGAGUUUUGCAGAUGUGAUGGCACAGAAAAAUUUGCCAGUGUUCCGUUCCUUUCGAGUGCUGAGGAUCUUCAAGUUAGCCAAAUCUUGGCCAACUUUAAACACACUGAUUAAGAUCAUAGGCCACUCGGUUGGAGCCCUUGGAAACCUGACUGUGGUCCUGGCCAUUGUGGUCUUUAUUUUCUCAGUAGUUGGUAUGCAGCUCUUUGGCUCUAAAUUUGGUUGUGAAAAGAAAAUUUCAACAUCCUAUAACCAUAUAGACCAAAGUUCUCGACGCUGGCACAUGGGGGAUUUCUACCACUCCUUUCUGGUGGUAUUCCGCAUCCUCUGUGGGGAAUGGAUCGAAAACAUGUGGGAAUGUAUGCAAGCAGCUAAUUCAUGCCUGUGCAUUGUUGUCUUCCUAUUGAUCAUGGUGAUAGGAAAACUCGUGGUACUCAACCUCUUCAUUGCCCUGCUGCUCAAUUCCUUCAGCAAUGAGGAGAGAGGUGGAAACUUGGAAGGAGAGUCCAGGAAAACCAAAGUCCAGUUAGCAUUGGAUCGUUUCCACCGGGCUUUUUGUUUUGUCAUAUCUACUCUUAAGCAAUUUUGUCGCAAGCGGUGCAGGAGGCAAAACUUACCAAAGCAAAAAGGGGUGACUGAAGGCUCUUCUGCAGAGAGCAGAGAUGCCAUUCCCCUGGUCACAGAGAUGAAAAAAGACCUAGAGACCUGGGAGGAGUCUGGUGUACUAACUGUUACACCAAAGCCCUUGAAUGUCGGGCAUGAAGGGAUUUUGUUGGCCCCACUUGCAGAGGAAGAAGAUGAUAUUCAAUUUUCUGAUGAAGAGAAUGCACAGCCUGUCACACAGUCUGAGGCUGGAAAACAGGCCUGUGAACUCCCUCAGGAGGCCAAGUCCACCAUCCCAACACAAAAUGUGGAAAUUGAGGUGUCCUCUGAAGAUGAUGCUUAUCUGUCAGUACAGAAUCCCCGAAAGAAGUCUGAUGCUAUCAGUGUGCUCUCGGAAUGCAGCACCAUUGAUCUGCCAGAUCCCUUUAAGCGGGUACCUGAAAUGGUUCCCCAGAAGGAACCAGAGAGAUGUUUUCCCAAAGGCCUGUGUUGCUGCUUCCCAUGCUGCGCUGUGAACAAGAGAAAGUCCCCCUGGAUCACUUGGUGGAACUUGCGGAAAACCUGCUACCAAAUGGUGAAACACAGCUGGUUUGAGAGCUUUAUUAUCUUUGUGAUUCUGCUGAGCAGUGGGGCAUUGAUAUUUGAAGAUAUUAACCUUCCUAAAAGACCCAAUGUCCAAGCAUUACUUAAUUGUACUGACCAUAUUUUCACAUACAUUUUUAUCCUGGAGAUGGGUCUGAAAUGGGUGGCCUUUGGCUUUCCGAAGUAUUUCACCAGUGUCUGGUGCUGGCUUGAUUUCGUCAUUGUGAUUGUGUCUGUGACCACUCUCAUUGAAUUAAAGAGCUUGAAAUCCUUCCGGACUCUGCGAGCGCUGAGGCCCCUGCGAGCUCUGUCCCAGUUCGAAGGAAUGAAGGUGGUAGUUAAUGCUCUCAUAGGUGCCAUACCUGCCAUUCUGAAUGUGUUGCUUGUCUGCCUCAUUUUCUGGCUUAUAUUUUGUAUCCUGGGAGUAAACUUGUUUUCUGGAAGAUUUGGAAAAUGCAUCACUACUGAUACAACAAAUAAUGUGAUAGAAGUGUUAAAUGCCACCUUCAUUGUAAACCACAGUCACUGUGUGAGUGAAAAUCUCACCUGGGACAACCUGAAAGUGAACUUCGACAAUGUGGGAAUGGCUUACCUCGCCCUGCUGCAGGUGGCAACAUUUAAGGGCUGGACAGAUAUUAUGUAUGCAGCUGUUGAUUCCAGGGGGAAGGAAGAACAGCCAAAAUAUGAGGCAAACAAAUACAUGUACCUUUACUUUGUAGUUUUUAUCAUCUUUGGCUCAUUCUUCACUCUGAAUCUCUUUAUUGGUGUUAUAAUUGAUAACUUCAACCAACAGCAGAAAAAGAUAAGUGGCCAAGACAUUUUUUUGACAGAAGAACAGAAGAAAUAUUAUAAUGCAAUGAAAAAAUUAGGAUCUAAAAAACCUCAAAAGCCCAUUCCAAGGCCUCUGAUCAAAUGCCAGGGUCUUGUGUUUGACCUGGUCACAAACCAGUUCUUCGACGUCCUCAUCAUCGUCUUAAUUCUCCUCAACUCGGUUUGCAUGAUGGCCGAAUCAUAUGGCCAGGGUGCUGAUGUGACCGCCACCCUUGAGUAUCUCAACCUGGGCUUUGUGGCCAUCUUCACAGUUGAAUGUCUCAUCAAAAUCUUUGCUUUGAGGCAGUACUACUUCACCAAUGGCUGGAAUUUAUUUGAUUGUGUGAUCGUGGUCCUUUCUAUUGUUAGUACAAUGGUUUCCGCCUUGGAAAAGAGUGAUCACAUUCCUUUCCCCCCGACGCUCUUCAGAAUUGUUCGCUUGGCUCGGAUCGGCAGGAUCCUGCGGCUUGUCCGCGCAGCGCGGGGCAUCAGGACCCUCCUCUUCGCUCUGAUGAUGUCCCUUCCCUCUCUGUUCAACAUCGGCCUUCUCCUCUUUCUGGUUAUGUUUAUUUAUGCCAUUUUUGGUAUGAACUUUUUUGGCGGAGUGGAGUCAGACUCUGGCAUUGAUGACAUAUUCAACUUCCAGACGUUUGCAGGCAGCUUGCUCUGUCUCUUCCAGAUCACCACCUCAGCAGGGUGGGAUACCCUCCUCAACCCCAUGUUGCAGUCGGAAAACAAAACAUACUUCUACACACAGCUCCCGACCAUAGCCGUGACCUACUUCGUCAGCUACAUCAUCAUCUCCUUUCUCAUUGUUGUCAACAUGUAUAUUGCUGUGAUUUUAGAAAACUUCAAUAUAGCCACUGAAGAGAGUGAGGACCCUUUGGGUGAAGACGACUUUGAAAUGUUCUAUGAAGUCUGGGAAAAGUUUGACCCAGAAGCAACACAGUUUAUCAAAUAUUCUGCCCUUUCUGACUUUGCCGAUGCCCUUCCCGAGCCUUUGCGUGUGGCCAAGCCAAAUAAAUUUCAAUUUCUAGUCAUGGACUUGCCCAUGGUGAGUGAUGAUCGCCUUCACUGCCUGGAUAUCCUCUUCACUUUCACCACCAGGGUCCUCGGUGACUCCAGCGGCCUGGACAGCAUGAAGGCCAUGAUGCAGGAGAAGUUCAUGGAAGCCAACCCUUUCAAGAAGUUAUAUGAACCCAUCGUCACCACCACGAAGAGGAAGGAGGAGGAGAGAUGUGCGGCCGUUAUCCAGAAGGCCUUUCGAAAGUACCUGGUGCUGAUGAAGAAAAACAAGUGUGCCUUGGAGGACGGGCCUCAUCCGCUGCCCCAGACGCUCUGCAAUGGAGACUUGUCCAGCUCUGGGGUGGCCGAGGGCAAGGUCCACUGUGACUGA